CUGUUCAUAAGAGUCUUGAAUGCACCAUGGUUGCAUGUGUUAGUUGGUUCAGUAACACUAGCGCCUUCGACACGUCUGAUGGCGACCUCCCUACCACCCUCCAGAAUAUCCAGCAGUGAUCAGGACUCGAGCAUCGCCGACAACAAUGGGUCCCAAUCUUCCCGUUCGAGAUUGAAGAGAUGGGUGCACCUGCUGCAAUGGAUUGUAGUGGACCAAUGGUUCUUGCUGGCAAUGGCUGCUCUCAUCCUCAUCUCGUCCCAAGUUCAGGUUCCUUAUGAGCAGCAGCAGAUCAAACGCACCGUCAUCACGUAUCUGACUGUGAGCGUCAUCUUCUUCAUCAACGGAUGCACUUUCCCGACUCGUACCUUGAUUGAGAACUACAAGAAGUGGAAAGUCCAUCUCUUUGUACAGGGACAAUGCUAUCUGGUCACUUCGGCAGCUACCUUUGCGGUUGUCAGUCUCUGCGCAACCAAUCCCAAAUUCAUGGAUGCCUGGCUACUCAUCGGAUAUCUGUUCUUAGGAAGUGGCCCAACAACCAUGUCUUCUAAUGUUAUCAUGACCCGUCAAGCCCAUGGAAACCCUGCUCUGACAGUGGUACAGUCCAUCAUUGGCCAGAUACUGUGUCCCUUCCUGUCACCAAUACUGAUACAGAUGUAUCUGUCCAGCGGCGCAUGGUACGCCAAGGUGCUGUUGAAUGAUAACGGCAGCAAUUACGCCGAAAUCUACCGCCGCGUCUUCAUGCAACUCGGGAUAUCCCUCUUCAUACCGCUCACCAUUGGCCAAAUCGUCCAAUACCUGUUCCCAAACAUGACCAAGAAGAUUUUUGUGGAAUGGAAGCUGAUGAAAUUGAGCUCGGUUGCACUGCUCACCCUCAUCUGGCAGACAUUUGACCAGGCAUUCCGAUCUGGGGCCUUUGACUCGAUCAAGACGUCCAACAAGCUUUUCAUCGUCUUCGUAUCCAUUGGCCUGUAUUUUUUGUGGCUGGGGAUAUGUUUGGCGACUUCUCUCAUCUGGCUUCCGCGAAGAGAUGUGAUUGCUUGCUGCUACUGCACGCCGGCCAAGGCGCUGGGAAUGAUUGUGCCGCUCAGUUCGGUCAUGUACAUCGACAUCAGUCCGAUUGAACUAUCGAAGUUGCAAAUUCCAGCCAUCAUCUUCCAGGUCUUUCAGGUGGGCAUCGGCAGUCUUUGUACGAUAGUCUUCAGAAGGUGGAUGAAGCCAAUCGAAGAGAUGGAAGCCGGCGAAAAGGAAAGGGAGAGUGGGUCUCCGGCGUAG